AUUUUUGUUGGAUCCCCAAAGAAGAAACCUGAAUAGAGAGCGAAAAUGGCUGGAAGAUUGAGUGGUGUGGCCUCACGAAUCAUGGGCGGAAACGGCGUCGUUGCCAGAUCCGUCGGCUCUUCUCUCCGUCAACGCGCCGGAAUGGGUCUCCCCGUCGGCAAACACAUCGUCCCCAAUAAGCCGCUUUCGGUUAACGACGAGCUGAUGUGGGACAACGGGACUGCGUUCCCAGAACCUUGCAUAGAUCGGAUUGCUGAUACCGUCGGAAAGUAUGAAGCAUUGGCAUGGUUGAGUGGCGGUCUAGGGUUCUUCGCGACUCUUGGUCUGCUCGCUGUUUUGAACGACAAAGCUUCCAAAGUUCCAUUCACACCGAGAGUGUAUCCUUAUGACAACCUGAGAGUUGAGCUUGGAGGAGAGCCAUAGAGACCUAUCAAGUGAUCGACUUAUCAAACUAGUGGAGCGUGUUUUUCUUCACUGCCUUGUUCUUACAAAAUGUUUGUUAUUUCCUGCUUACAACGUGAAGUCAAAAUAAUAAAAGAACUUUGUUUUCAUUAUAUGCGUUGUCUCUGUAAUUAACAGUGACCAAUGAGAGAUUCAUAAGAGAAGACUUCUGGUUCAGCAGAUCUUGAA